UAAUUUUUAUUAUAUGCUGAUUUUCGACUAAGAUGUGUUGUCAUAGCAGCUAUUAUCAGACUCCUUUAUUGCGGCAUUAAAAAUUUGUUUUUUGUCAUUAGUAAAGCUGAUGCAGAAGUGCUAUGUGAACGGGCACAUAUUCAGAUGUGAGUCUCUUACUGUGAGUCCCUGGAAAUUAAACGAGCCAAAAAAUAUGCGUAUAACGGAGACACUCUAGAUGGCUUGUAACCAAUUUUAAACGUAUCCUUUUUAGAGAAAUUAAAAGAUUAUAAUAAAUUAAAACUUAAUUGUAAAAUAUUGUCGACAGGCAUACGUUGAACUUUUUCAUAAUAUCUCCAUCGUACUGCUCUUCUAUAUAAUCACUCGCUACUGUACUUGUUAUUGCUGUAAUGUUUAGAAAAUGCUGAAAUGAAAAACGAGAAAGCAUCUGUUUUCUGACGUUUGUUUUGUCAACAGAUUCACAUUUAUUCUUGAAUCGCACGUGUGAUCGAAUUGCAUUCAUUCAGCAGCCCAAAAAUUUAAUAAUUUCAAUAUGUUGAAAAUAAAAAGAAAAGCGUCCGAAGAGCUGGACAGUGGUGCGGCCGAAGACUCUAUGAUUGAGAACGGAAGUAGUGAUAAUAUGGACGAUGAGCCAAGUAGUGAUAACGAUGAUGGUUUCUCUGAAAGAAGUGUUAGCGCGUCACCGGCUAAGGUUUCAAAAAAAUCGCGAAAAGAGCUUAUACCUGCUACGAAAGCAAAAGAAAAACUAAGUGCCGAAGUAAAUAAUACAAACAAAAAAAACCAAUCUGAGAAAGUGAAGCCUCCGACCCUUGAGGAAAUUAACGAGUUAAAGGAAACACGUAAUCUCUUUCAUUCAAAUCUGUUCCGAUUGCAAGUUAAGGAAAUGUUGACCGAAUUAAAAAUUAAAGAGAAGUACAACAACUAUAUUUAUAAUUGGCUGGAAAAUUUUAAACAAUUUUUAAAUAAAUUAGAAAAUCAAGCUCAGAAAGAAGAUAUGGGUAAUCAAGUGUGGUUAAAGAAAAGUCAGAUAAAAUAUCCUAUUUCGUUGCAUAACUUACAUAUACAACAACAAAAAGUGUUUCAAUUUCAAUUCAUCAAACCGAAAAUAUCACCAUAUCUAAUAGGAGCAUCGGCCACUCAAUCUUUGCUUGGACCGAAAGUAACCGUUGAUAUUUGUAUUUCGAUGCCUGAGGAAUGUUUUCAGAAAGAAAACUAUUUAAAUUUAAUAUAUGACCAGAAACGUGCAUAUUACUUGGCUUAUAUCGCAAACAAAUUACUUAAUUGUGCCGAAUUCGGUAGCGAGCUCACAACGGAAAAAUUAAAAUUCAGCUAUCAUAAUAACAAUCCACUCAAACCCAUAUUAGAGAUCACACCAACUCCUUUGUCCAAUUGUAAAACAAUUUUAGCAGACAAGUUACGUAUUCUUUUAUUUGUCGCAGCUGAAGAGAGUUCAUUUAAAUUAAGUCGUUUUGUGCCUUGGAACAGCAAUGUGCGUGCUAGCAUUUUUGGUGAUGAUGUUGAAGGAUCUGCAGUAAUGGCUACGUCCAACUACAAUGCUAAUGUUUUAUUCGAUCUCACAAUGCAAAGAAAUCAAGAAAUGUUACAUGGUAUUUUCGAUGGUCGCAGAAAUUUUCAGGAAGGUUUAGUGUUGUUAAAAGUUUGGCUAAGACAGCGUGAAUUUGAUGUAGGUUUCAAUGGUUUCACUGCACAUCUAUUGACCAUGUUUGUCGCUUACCUAUAUAAGCAACGUAAAUUACACACGAAUAUGAGUAGUUAUCAGGUAGCGCGCACUGUAUGGAAUCAAUUAGCAUACAGCUCAUGGGACGAAGAUGGUAAGGGCAUCUCCUUAUCUGACAAAUCAACCGAUCUCGCAAAUCAACCUACACUGGAGCAGUUCCAUACAUACUACGAUGUGGUAUUCGUCGACGUUACUGGAUUUUUCAAUAUGACUGCAAAUCUAAAUGUGGAACUUUAUCAUCGUGUACGACUCGAAGCUAAAUUGGCAGUUGAUAUGUUAAAUGAUAUGAAAUUAAAUAGCUUUCAUAUGCUUUUCAUGACGAAACAUCCACUCUACAGUCAAUUCGAUCACAUGCUUAAAAUUAAUAAGAGAGAUGUUGUCGACCAAAUCAUGGAAAUCUAUGCUACACCUGCGGAUAAAUACAACUUUGCAGGUUAUGUAUAUCCGGUGCUGAUAAAAGUGGUCCUUGGCCUACUUCGCAAAGGUCUUGGUGAGCGUGUUCGAGCUAUUUUACCGAUCGAAAAAGUCGUUGAUGCAUGGAAUUGCACGGAAAAACCACCAGAUUGUUCACGCUACUGUCACCUCGGUAUAGUACUUAAUCCUGAUAAGGCAUUUGAAGUUUUAGAUAAAGGACCGGAGUCUAUAGACGAGGGUGCUGAUGACUUUCGAAAGUUUUGGGGUGAAAAGGCACAAUUGCGUCGAUUUCAAGAUGGGAGUAUUACCGAGUCGGUUGUUUGGGCUUCUGCAAACGAUAGCUUGUGGAAACGGCGUCUGGUGGUGCGCUCUAUAAUCACUCAUCUUUUGCAGCAUCACUUUCAAUUAGAAUCAAAAGAUUUUGAUUACAUUGCUGGAGAGUUAGAUAUUUCGUACCGCUUAACCCCCGUUUUCAAAACCGAAAGGAUGCAUGAAAAAUACAAAGUAGAACAAGAUGUAGAUUCGGAGGAUACUUCGCUCAAUGUUAUCCGCAGUUUUGAUGACUUAGCACGUAAAUUGCAUGCUCUAAAUGAGCUUCCGUUAGAGAUUGUCUCUAUUGCUGGCAUAUCACCGGUAUUUCGUUACAGCGAGCCUGUACCAGUUUUGCCGCAGGCGCGCAUGAUUGGGGAAGAAAUGUACGCUAUGCAAGUGCAACGCGGAGUUAUACAGUUAGGCUUGAGUGGUAAAUGGCCCAGCGAUUUGGGCGCCCUGCGUGCUCUAAAAAUGGCAUUCUACAUACAAAUCGCCAAUUUACUCCGCGAAAAGCACAAUCUCAAAACAAAGGUCACCUACGAUGGCAUUUUAGUUCUUAAACAAGGCUACUGCUUUUCCAUUGAAAUGGCUCAUCCCAAAGAGUUGGCAUUACUCAAAAAAGAAAAAAGUGAACGUGGAUUAACGCAGUAUGUCGAUUGUGAAGCUAGUAUUGCUUUGGAGAAACGUCAUUAUAUUCUGCCUAAAGUAACCGGCGCCCUUCAUGCUUUAUAUCAAGGACAUAGCAGUUUUGCAGGAACUGUAAUGAUUGCCAAACGUUGGCUCAGUACACAAUUAAUCGAUGAUGGCCUGUGGCCAGAAGAAUGCACGGAACUAUUAAUUGCUGCUCAAUAUUUAAAAACCCCAUCAAAGCAAAUUACCAGUUCGCCCCAAACUGGAUUUAUAAAAUUUCUACAACUUUUGGCUGGCACGGAUUGGCGGAGUGAACUAUUCUUAUUGAAUUUCAAUAAUGCAAUGAAUGAAAACGCUGUAGCUGAUUUGGAGCAUCGCUUUAGCACAGAACGCGAUACAUUCCCACCGUUAUGUAUAGCGACAUCUUUUGAUGAACAUCAUAUGGGAAAUUUGUGGUCAUCUGGCAGUAAGCCUAAUAUCAAUGUGUUAGCUCGCGUUACGCUGCUAGCGCGACACUCUUUGGAUAUAAUUGAAACAGCGCUGCUCUCGACAAUGGAGUUCAUUAAACCUGGUCGGAUAUUCGUACCGCCCAAUAAUGGUUAUGAUUUGGUUAUUCAGUUGAAACCGGAUAUGGUAUCCAAUUCGUGGGCUCAUGAAUUCGGCACCUCUUUCACAGCGCGAAGUAAGCCCAAUUGGCGUCUACCUUUGGCAGAUAGCAAUUUUUUACAAAAGGCUGUACAAAAACUAAGGGAGGCGUAUUCGGAUUUCGCAGCAUUUUUCUACAAUCCUCACGGCGGUAAGGAAAUAGCGCUUGUUUGGAAACCCAAUUUAACAAAUGAAAGGGAUUUCAAAGUUAACGAGGUCAACGGUUGUGCGUUGAGCAGUAAAAUUGACGGAAAAGUUGCCGUUAAGAAAGAAAUAUUAGUAGAGGAUUUCAAAUUUAUACUAAAGGAUUUGUACCUUCGAAUUGGCACCGUGGAUGAAGUUCUAUCUGCUUCCCGAAAUGCGCUUCCUGCUGAUAGCAAAACGGCCAUUACAACUGGUAGUAAAGUUUUCAACCCUAAAAUUGGAGAAAAACGCUACUUUUCCCAAGCACAAAUGGAUAACUCUGAAACAGAAGUAGUAGGUGUAAAAAAUAAUCAUAUUCAGUCAAAAACAAUUAAAUCAAAGACAAUUUCGGCCAAGUCAAAGAAUAUUAGCAAGAAACGGAGGACAAAACCAUUAAAAGCGAAAAAAAGUAAAAUUUAAAUUGUUGCAACAAAUAUGAAACAUUAAAAACUUUAA